GUUCACCAACCAAAGGCCCGCUUUUUAAAGUUAUGAAAGAAACGAGUUUUCAAACAAAGUCAUUGCAAAAUGUAUGGAAAUCUAGAUGAUUGGCAGUUCUAGCCAUUUAGUUUCAGCAAACUAAUAAUCAGUUUGAAUUACAAGUUCAAGCAGUUCGGUAAAAAAUGAAGUACAAAUCGCAUAAAAAUUAUUUUACACAACUAUUGAUUCUUUGCGUAACGGCGGUUGCUGUAACAAAUGGAGAGGCAGACUAAUCAUGUACAUAUGUGGAUUAGAUAAAUUGAAAAUGAGAUUCGAAAUAUUUACAUUCAUUUCAUAUAACAUUUUAGCUUCUUCUUCUUUGGUUCCCUGCAAAUUACAUGAUCCAGACAAUGGCGAGUGUAUGAAAACGUUGUGGCAAAAUAUUUUAAUAAGUGGCAUUAACGAUGUACCCGGCCUGAAAUGGAUUUCGUUAGAUCCAUAUAAAGUGAAAAGAGUGAAAGUAACUGCAAAUACAUCAGUGCUAAAUGUUACAAUGGAGUUCAAAAAGCUAGUGCUGACAGGAUUAAUACAAUCUAAAAUUGAAAAGGUCAGUGUCACAAAUGGAGAAAUCUUUACAAUGGAUAUGAAGAUACCUAAGGUAAACAUUAAAGGAAAUUACAUCAUGAAGGGAAACGUUUUAGUACUGAACCUUGAUGGUAAAGGACCGUUUAAUAUCGAUCUCGGUGACAUUGAACUGAGAUUUGUGGUAAAAUCUAAGCGGGUUUCAAGAGAUUCUGAAGAAUUCUUUGAAGUUCAAUCGGUGAAGACCAAUGUAAAACAUCUCGGAUCCCUUCAUGUUAAAUUCAACAAUUUGUUUGGCGACAAUGAAACGCUGACGGAUAGUGCCAAUGAUGUAUUUAAUCAAAAUUGGCAUGAUUUAUUGGGACUUAUGCGUCCAGUUAUUGAAGAAGCAAUGGAUGCUUCACUGUUAGACCAGGGCAAAAAAUAUCUUAACAAAUUGCCAGGAAGAAUAAUUUUCUCAGAUUUGUGAUUAUGAAGUAUUUUCUAAAUUAAAUAAAACAAGUAAAAAAGCAGUAAGUUCGGCCGGGCCGAACUUUGAAUACCCUCCACCAUUUGGAACGAAUUAGAAAAUUUUCAAAAAA